AUGGAUAGAUGUCAAUGCGAAUCAAAAUUUUUCGUUGGGUAAAAAACUUUACCCUAAAUAUUGAUGGUUUAAAAUAACUAAAAGUGCUAUAAUCAUCGCUCCAUAAAUUGUUUUGUCAGUUACCAUUGCUUAAUUUAAAAUGUAUCUCUCUUCUGUUAGUUCUCGCUUACAUCUUCACGAUACUAACAGUUGGGAGUUAAAAAAAUCCUAUGGAUGUUACGAUGGUCUUAUGAGAGAUAUAUCAUGGAGCGAUGAUGGUAAAUACAUAUUACAGGUCAACUGCAAAGGUUUAAUCGAAAUUUUAACACCCGCAGAUCAUGACAUUCGAAGCUUACAGCACAUUCCAUUGAAAGACACCUGGUCGGCUAGUUUCCAUCGAGAAGGGCACCGAAAUGUCGCCAUAGGCACCAAGAGUGGUAAUGUUUUAAUUUGGGACACGAAAAACAAGACCAUAACGAAAACAUUCCCCACACCUACGUAUCAGGCUAGCGUUAACUACAUAAGUUAUAAUGCUAAAAAUAAUAACUUAGCAGCUACCAUGAAUAAUGGAGAAACCGUCAUAUAUGGACUGGUUUCUAACAUUCCAGUUUUAACUGUUAAAGUUAACUGUUCUAAAAGCAUUUCCGCAAUGAAAUUCCAUCAUGAAACACGGUGCUUAUUAGGUUUAGCCACAGAUGAAGGACAUGUCGUCCUACGAGAUAUAAACACAAAUAAAGAUAAAGCAUUCUUUGAUAACAUUCAUGCAGCUCCUGUUAGCGAUAUUGCAUAUUCAUUGAUAAACAAAGAUGUCAUGUUGUCCAGUGGCUAUGAUAAAAUUGUUCAUGUAUAUGACAUAAGACUCCAAAAUGUAGUUUCUACCAUCAAAACAUCUUACACAUUAACUUCCAUAGCAGUAAAUGCUGACAAUCAAGUUGCUAUCGGGACCAAAAAUGGAGUAGUUAUGAUUUACGAUUUGAGAGAUUUAACCAAUCCAUUUACAACCCUAAAAGGGCAUAAUGAGGAGGUUAAAAAAGUAGCUUUCCAACCUUCAAGGAAGAAGCCACAAAUUAAUGAAAUAAGCAUUCAAGAAGACACUGAAUUACACUUGACACCUUGUAAACCGAGCCCAGGGAAACCUAGGACUUCUGACAUGUUCCUAAUUUCAGCUUCACCUAACAAGGAUAACCUGGAUGUUUCUCAAAAGAUUGAAGAUAAAAAUGCUGAUUCAUUCUUAGUACUGAUGGGGUUAGACAAGUCUAAUGAAGAUGAUGCAAAUAAAUCGCAAUUUAAAGAAAGCAGCAUGUUGGAAAGAAAUAAGAGAUUGGAUGUUGAAAAGAAUAUGAGUAAAAUUUCAACACCUCUUCAUAAUCAAGUUGCUGAAAAUUUAGCAUUUCCAUCACCCAUUUUAAAUGGAGCUCCGGAUGAUGGGAGACCACUAAUAGUAGUAAACGGAGAAAAGGAAAAGAUUGCAAGAUAUGAUUCUAGUAUUGUUGAAGAGCUUAAAGAUUUCAUUGAGCUCAGUCUUGCAGAUGUUGCAGAGGACAAUAAGAACUAUUUCCUGCACAUCAUGAUGGUUCUGACGAAGCAGAGGCUUUCUUUGGAGAAGCAGAUGGCAGCCAUGAGUUCUCAGAUCUCUAUGAUGCAGCAGAACCAGAAUGAGUUGGUGGAUGCAAAUAAGAGAUUGGCCUUGCAAGUGGAGCAAUUGAAAUAUGCUGCUAACAAUAAUCUUUAAAUUAUUGACCUUUUUCUACUACUUUUACCAAUGUUAAGAUCCAUUUUUUACCCAAUAGAAGAGAAAUCCUCACAGAGGCUGAUCCUGAUAAAGCCUAAUGUCAUUGUUAUAAAAAUGUUGGCUCUCUCAUCAUCAUUUUAGCCUCCAGUCGCCCACUGCUGAGCCCUCUUCUGAGGUCUCUCUUCGUGUACGCCACUUAUACCAGCUCUCUUAUAUUCUAUGUGACAGUAGCUUUUUUCACACUCUGCUUGUGUCCUGUGGCGGUGUGAUGAAGCCUUUACCUUUAGUGAUGGACAAAUUAUUAUUUAUGGUAAAGGGUACAAUGCCAUGCUAGCUCAUUAAUAAAAUAGCUAUUCUUAAUUUAUCUACUUCUGUGUAUUGUUUUAUGUAAGUAAAUAUUCUAAUUGUUUAUGUCAAAAAUGGAACUUAGAUUGACUGUUAGUGCCUUCGGUUUAAGUAUAGAUAUUUCAAAAUGUACAUAAAUUACUUGUUAAUGAUGCCCCAUUACUAUUAAUAUCAGAAUAACAGCACUGUAUCUUGUCCCAAAAUUGUAUAAUUUGAGAAUAUUGCAUAAUUUAUAUAUUUACCUAAAUAAUAUUUUACUACAGAAAAUUAUACACUGUUAAAUGAAAUUUUACUGGCAUAGAAAUGUAUUAAGAAUCUUGUGCCAUGAUAGCUGUAAAGAUUGAAUCUUAUUCAGUAUUAUUUAUAAAUUCCAUGACAAUAAAUGUGUGUGCUGUUGAGUUUGUUGUAACUUGUAAUUAUGUAAAAAAACUAAAAAUUAAAUGAUAACUAAACCCCAA